UUAUACCAACUUUCUAGAUUUCCAAAUAUACAUCUAUCGCCUUUAUCGUCUAACAUAAACAAAUUACCAACCCUCAUGCACGCCACCAUUAUAUACACCUAUAUUCCUCCAAAUUUCUUAUUUCCUUGCAGAUAGAACCACCCCCCCCAAAACAAAAAGACCAUGAAAUACAACGAAAUUUCCCACUUUAGCCACCCCCAACACAAACUCAAGUUUGAGUACUCCGAAUUUCCUUUCAAGUGUGACGGCUGCAAGGAGGCCGGUAUUGGCUCCCGUUACAAGUGCGCCUACUGCGAUUUCGACCUCCACACGCACUGCGCCAUCCCGUCGCCGACCAUCUCCCACCCUUUCUACACUAAGUGCUCCUUUCGGUUCCUCUCCCGCCCGCCUGGCGACGCGCCACGCUACUGCAACGCCUGCGAGAAGGAUGUGACCGGAUUCGUGUACCACUGCACCUCAUGCGGGUUCGACCUCCACCCCUGCUGCGCCAAGCUCCCGAUGGUGCUCGACGACGGCGAGACGAAGCUCUACCUCUACCGCAAAGUAAGCUCGUCGUGCCACCGCUGCGGGAGGAAAGGCCGGAGCUGGAGCUACCGGUCGUCGUGCAAGAAAUACAAUCUACACGUGGCGUGUGUGAGAGAGAUGCUCAUGGAGAGCUGGUCGGAGAUUUAUGCCGGCCGAGCUGGGAGGGGGUCGACUAUGAGGAAACUUGAGACGAGGAUUCCCAGUCUCAAGAACACGCUCCAAACGCAUCACCGGAGAGGGAAGGGGAAGGUAAAGAAGUGCUGCGAGAUGGCGGGGCUGGCCGUGCAGUUCGUCAUCUCCGCCGUGUUGGGAGAUCCCACAGCUCUCAUCGCCGGCCUUAUUGGGACGUUGAUUUCACGAGCGUAAUGUGAUGGAUUGAUAUGGUUUGGUUACCAGUUCUAGUAGUAAAAUAUGUGAAUUAUAACCAUAAUAUUACAAGUAAUAACAAUCUGCUUCAAUGAAUUAGAAUGGA